AUCUAUUCUGAAACCCUAGAAGGCUCUGAUCUUCACUACACAAGACCAGCCGCUCCAUAACACCCUCUAUCGCAAUCUCAUUCGUUUCUGUCUUCGUGCCUCAAGUUCGCUUCGUAGCUUUGUCCUUGUUGUCGGAACAUCGCUCGCAAACAUGGGUGUCUCUUUUGAGAAUGUGUCUUCCCAAGAGGGACUGAAGAAGCUCGAUCAGUACCUUUCGACUCGUAGCUACAUCUCUGGAUAUCAAGCAUCCAGGGAUGACCUCGCCGUCUACGGUGCUUUGGCGAACGUGCCCGCGGAGUAUACGAAUGCUUCGAGAUGGUUCAAGCACAUCACGGCUCUAGCUGGACCUCAGCUUUCUGCGCCAGGUGUAGGAGUACAAAUUGAGAGCGGCGCUGCACCCGCUACUGCCGCUGCAGUUGCUUCACCCGUGGAGGAGGUCUCUGCCCCUACUGCAGAGGGAGACGAUGAUGACCUCGAUCUGUUCGGUGACGAAACCGAGGAGGCUGCCGCCAAUGCUGCGCGUGAGGAGGCUGCAAAGAAGGCUAAGGGUGCGAAGCCCAAAGUUGUUGGAAAGUCAUCUAUUGUUAUGGACGUGAAGCCAUGGGAUGAUGAAACGGAUAUGGUGAAGUUGGAGGAGUGUGUCCGUGCCGUUCAAAUGGAGGGACUUCACUGGGGUGCUUCCAAGCUCGUGACUGUGGUCGCCGGAAUUAAGAAGUUGUCGAUUAUGAUGACCAUUGUCGACGACUUGGUAAGUAUCGACAACUUGAUCGAAGAUUAUCUGACUUCAGAACCUAACAACGAGUACAUCCAGUCCUGCGACAUUGUCGCAUUCAACAAAAUCUAGGAUCUCGUACUCGCGGUUUGUGUGCGAACUGGCUUCAGGGAUGCUCAGCAAUAUGAUGUGAGUCUUUUUUAUUAGCCCGUUGGUUCAACUUUCUCAUGCUAUAUGUUCCAAAAAAUUAUCUAUAAAUUACGUGUUAUUUACAGAU